AUGGACCAGUCCAUCAUUCUGAAAGUUACCUUUGAAGGAACCAUCCGCCGUCUGCCCGUCACUCGGGACAUUUCCUUCGCUGAUUUUCAUCAGCAGCUUGCCGAGCGUUUCUCCAUCACUGUCCCGUUCGUCACUCAGUAUGAAGAUUUGGACAAAGACAUCAUUACCUUCGAUUCCGACGCCGAGCUCAACGACUUGUUCUCUACUAUCGAAGACACUUCCAAGCCCCUCCGCAUCUCACUCCUCACUCUCGAAGAGGCCAAAGAGGCAGCAAAGGCACGCCGUUCUGCGUCCGCUACGGAUGCUGGUAACUCGAUUCCGCAGAUGGACAACCUUAUCUGCAAGGUUUCAGACCUUGUUUCCGCAAUGGAGUCGAGUCUGAAAGGGACGGAGUCCGUAGAUGAGGGAUGUGACGCCACGCAUGCCCGUGCUGCACCUGCCACUGCCGGUCUGCGAGGUAUGGCAGAUACUCCGAUGACACCCUGCGCAAAGCCGUACCGCAAGGGCCUGUUUCAUGGCCUUCGUCAGUACAUAUCUGCCUUUCCAUCCGGGAAGAGCGGAUUCAAGAAACACGCUACCUCCGUUUCUCCAGAAGUGAAGGUAUCUUUCAAGAAACUCGUCCGUUACAUUAAGAAAGAAGAGGAUACCGGCGCUAUCGUUUCGGCGCUCAAGGACAAUCUGCCUACGUUCCGCAAGUGGCUUGUUUCUGAUCUUGGUGAUCAAGGUUUCCCAGAAGAAAUAAGCAUUCACGUCAUUGUCACCGCGCUUCAUGAGGAUUUACUGCCUAAAGUAGGUGAGCAUACUACUUCACGUAUUACUAGCUUUGUCAGCACUGCUCUUGUGGAUGAAGGCGUUGUCGCCAUACUGCGCAAACUGCGUUCAUUGGGGCCGAUGCCAUGGGAGAAUGGUUUCACCUUCUCGCGUAUUGGAAAGCAAGGGCCUCGCGGGUUUGAUGUUCAUCACAAAAUUCAGUGCACCAGUUGCGGCAUGAGACCGAUUGUGGGCUCUCGUUUCAAGUGCACGAACCGCAAGAACUUCAAUUUAUGCACUAACUGCCAUGGAAACGAACAAGUCGCGAAGGAAGGGAUGAAAUUCACUGAAUGCAAAUACGUCUGGGAGAACGUGUUGGUUGACGUCAGAGUUCCGCCAGCACCGUUGAAGAUUGGAGACCGUGGGCCGCGAGUCAAGUUUCUUCACAAGGUGCUAACUGAUGCGGGAUACAUGAACGAAAGCAUGUACUUGAGGCAGAUGGGGCUCUUUAGUACCAAAACUCAGGCCGCGGUGAAGCAGUUCCAGCAGGAGCAGGGCCUCGGAUCAUCUGCUGAGGAUGGCAAUUACGACGAAAUUACGGCGAAUUGCCUGGAAAACAUGGUUGAAACUCGUGACAUGAACAUUGAGACAUCCACUCAAGCCAGUGACCAGGUCGAACCGAUCGCCGUUGGGGUCUAAGCAACAUGGAUAUCCUACCCAGGCAAAUGGACAAUCUGUCGGACUGUGGAUCAUGUGACCCCACUUAAAUAGCAUACCCUUUUUCAUUGUAGUCUCUGCGGCGCGGCCGGAAGGUGAAGGAAUAGUGAUAGUAACUCCUACCCUUAUUGCUAAUGCUACUGCCGCGACUGCUAGUGCUUCCGAAUAUCCUGUGAGGCACUUGAAGUAAAACGUAACAAAAAGAUUCAAACUCUCUUUGCCGAA